GGAUUAUUUGGGAAAGGUGGGCGGUGUGUAUAUGUGUGUGCUGAGGGGGGGAAAAAGGGAUUUUUUUUGGGUGGUCUGUGAAUUGAACCCCCUUAAUUUGAGGGGAAAAAGAGACCUUUCUUAGCAAGGCAAUAUUUUCACUUGCCCUCCAAUUUCAUACGUUGUAGGUGCUGUUUGUGCAGGGAGGGGGGAAAAUUGCAAUUAUUCCCCCCUUUUUUAUGUGGGAGAUGCCUAUUUAAUAGCCCUUCUUGAACGAGACAAACCUUUCCCUGGAAAUAGAAAAAUAUAACGAAAAAGCCCCUUAGCUUGUUUUCUUUUCUGAAUGGGAUGGAUAGCAAUGAGCAAUCAUUAAAAAAAAGAAAAGAAAAGCACCAAAUGGUUAUUUUUGCAUGUUCAGUUUUAAGAAUUCCUUCAAUGGGCCUCUCUUUUGCAGGAAGAUAAAAGUAUUAUAAAUUUUCUCAAGUGUUUUGUUUUUUUAAAACAAAAUGGGCAUUCUCCUUUGAAGGAGGUCUUUAGGGUUAAGUGUGCAUUUUGGAUGUAAGGAACUUUACUGAUUUCAAUAAAGCAUUCACUCAAUUGUAAAGAAAGUCAUUAAUUGAAUUGUUAUUUUUUUUAGAGGGCAGUUAUAUUUCCUGCUAAGUUGGGUUACGGCAAAGAGGGAUAGCUCGCUGCCUUAAACUUGGGGAAAGGUAAGCCCUGUUUAAGGGCAUCUUUUCGUAUUAAUAUUGAUCUGAUUGGCGGGGGUAAGGACACUGAAAAAAGCCUCAUUCAAGAAAGAAGAUAGGGUCGAUUUACUUACAUGUUCCUCACAUGUUUGACAUGUGCCUUGCUUUCUGAAUUUAUGGGAACAAUCUAGUUGUUAAGAGUAGGAGCUGAUUUCUUUUUAUUGUGAACUAGGAAUAGCCUUCUUGACACUUAGGCCUACUGAGGUCAUUUUUUAAUGUUUAGUUUUAAAAGAGUGUGUGUGUGUGAGAGAGACAGGGGGAGCUUAUUAUUUCCAACAGCAAGAAAGGCCAGAACCAGGUAUUAAUAAAUAAUUUGAAGUGUGCUUACUGAAGUUAGAUUUCUGAAUUGAUGGUUUUAAAGUAUAGAUUUUUGCCAAAUUAAAAAAAAAAAACUUAGAAGUUCUUUCCCUUUUCCAGGGAACUUACUUAAUCUGAAGAAGUCUUGUUCAAGAUAUCUUAAUCACAUCCUGCCCCGUUUAUGGUGGGUCGGUAGUACUGGGAAAACUGAGUAAGGUUUGCACUGCCUGCCUGCCUUGAUACCUGAAGCAGUGGGGUGACACAUCAUGUGUCAGGUAGACCCCAGGUGGUUGAAGGAUGCCCCUUACUAGAUACAGAAGGCCUCGAACCUUUGUCAAGGGUGAAAAAGACGCAGUUAAAAUCAGUAUUGAAAAUUCCUUUAAAGAGACUUGGUUUCAGCUUCCCAACGGCUGAAAGAUCCUUCAGACAAGUUGUACCUUGGUGGUGAGAGCAGAAGUCGUGUCUCGAUUUUCCACACCACACUUUGGAAACAGGAGCUGUCGUUUCUUGCUCAGCAAUGGCACACCCCUAAAAAAUAGCAAUUCUGAUAUUUUGAUUUCAAACGUGGACAGUCUUUUGAAGAUGACUUAGGUCUCAAGGGAAAAACAAUAGUUUGGACUUACUAAGGAAGACAAACUGAUUUCAAAUACUUGGAGUAGCAGGACAAGAUCAAAAAGUUAAAGCUAAGUGUAAAUUGAGCAAACAGCUGCAUUGAUUUCUUCCCCCCCUCCGCAUGCUCUUUUAAAAGAGGCACUGUAAGUUGGAAUGUGGUGCUGGAUCUCUGUAGGAUCCCUCUAAGUUGAUGGAAAAGUUCUCAUAGGUUUUUAUUUUUCAUUUUAAGUUAAAACUGUACAGUCUUUUGGAAACUUCUUAUUUGCCUCCACUGAAGCUUUUUUUUUUCCAGUCAAAGUUUUUGGGCACAAAAAAGUAUUGGAUAUAUCAGGAACUGGAUUUAUAACACGUUUUUGCUUAGGAGAAAAAAACCAAGAUGGAUCUAGAGGAGCCUCAGCAGUUGGGCAUGUUUGUGGAAGGUGAAUUGAUGUCAGUGGGCAUGGACACGUUCAUCCACCGGAUUGACUCUACGGAAGUGAUCUACCAGCCACGGCGGAAAAGGGCCAAACUCAUAGGCAAAUAUCUGAUGGGGGACCUACUUGGGGAAGGGUCUUACGGCAAGGUCAAAGAGAUGCUGGACUCUGAAACUCUCUGUAGGAGAGCUGUCAAAAUCCUUAAGAAGAAGAAGCUGCGACGGAUCCCCAAUGGAGAAGCGAAUGUUAAAAAGGAAAUACAACUCCUACGGCGGUUGCGGCACAAAAAUGUGAUCCAGCUAGUUGACGUGUUGUACAACGAAGAGAAGCAAAAAAUGUAUAUGGUGAUGGAGUAUUGUGUCUGUGGCAUGCAAGAGAUGUUGGACAGCGUUCCUGACAAAAAGUUUCCAGUCUUUCAAGCGCACGGGUACUUUUGCCAACUUAUAGAUGGCU